AUGGCUGCCCCGCCGGAGAUGCUUCUUGAUACUUAUUUUCCUCGUUCUUCUUAUUUUCACUUUUUUCGUUCUUCCCUCUUAUUCUCCCCUCUCAUUCUCCACUCUCGUUCUCUCCUCUCUUUCUCCCAUCUCAUUCUUGUCUCUCGUUCGCCCCUAUCGAUAACCCCUAUCAUUCUCCCAUCUCGUUCUCGCCACUCGUCCUCACCUUUAGUUCUCUUCUCUCAUUCUCCCCUCUCGUCCUCGCCUCUCUUUCGCCCAUUUAAUUCUCGUCUCUCGUUCUUUCUCGUUCUCGCCACUCUUUCUUUCAUCUCAUUCAUCCCUCUUAUUCCCCCCUCUCAUUCUCCCCUUUCGUUCUCACCUCUUCGUCUCUCCUCUCGUUCUCGCCUCUCUUUCAUCUCAUUCCCCCUCUCAUUCUCCCCUUUCGUUCUCACCUCUCAUUCUCUCCUCUCGUUCUCGCCUCUCUUUCAUCUCAUUCUCCCCUCUCAUUCUCCCCUUACGUUCUCACCUCUCAUUCUCUCCUCUCGUUCUCGCCUCUCUUUCAUCUCAUUCUCCCCUCUCAUCCUCCCCUUUCGUUCUCACCUCUCAUUCUCUCCUCUCGUUCUCGCCUCUCUUUCAUCUCAUUCUCCCCUCUCAUUUCUCCCCUUUCGUUCUCACCUCUCAUUCUCUCCUCUCAUUCUCGCCUCUCUUUCAUCUCAUUCUCCCUCUCAUUUCUCCCCUUUCAUUCUCACCUCUCAUUCUCUCCCCUCUCUUUCAUCUCAUUCUCCCUUUCGUUCUCACCUCUCAUUCUCUCCUCUCGUUCUCGCCUCUCUUUCAUCUCAUUCUCCCCUCUCAUUCUCCCCUUUCGUUCUCACCUCUCAUUCUCUCUCCCUCUCAUUCUCGCCUCUCUUUCAUCUCAUUCUCCCCUCUCAUUCUCCCCCUUUCGUUCUCACCUCUCAUUCUCUCCUCUCGUUCUCGCCUCUCUUUCAUCUCAUUCUCCCCUCUCAUUCUCCCCUUUCGUUCUCACCUCUCAUUCUCUCCUCUCGUUCUCGCCUCUCUUUCAUCUCAUUCUCCCCUCUCAUUCUCCCCCUUUCAUUCUCACCUCCUCAUUCUCUCCUCUCGUUCUCGCCUCUUUCAUCUCAUUCUCCCCUCUCAUUCUCCCCUUUCGUUCUCACCUCUCAUUCUCUCCUCUCGUUCUCGCCUCUCUUUCAUCUCAUUCUCCCCUCUCAUUCUCCCCUUUCGUUCUCACCUCUCAUUCUCAGCUCUCGUUCUCGCCUCUCUUUCUCUCAUCUCAUUCUUCCCUCUUAUUCUCCCCUCUCAUUCUCUCCUAUAAUACUCCCCUCUUCGUCUCUCGUCUCGAUCUCACCUCUCUUUCUUCCAUCUCAUUCUCGUCUCUCGUUCGCCCCUUUCACUAUCCCCAAUCAUUCUCCCCUCUCGUUCUCCCCUCUCGUUCGCGUUUCUUAUUCUCCCCAGUCAAUCUCUCCCCUCGUUCUCUUCUUUCUUCCUCUUUCUCAUUCUCUCCUCUUAUUCGUUCUUAUUUUUCUUCUUCGUUCUUCGCUUUCUCCGUUUUACAUUUUUAACGUCAACAGGAAUAUUGUAGCCAAUAUCUAA